UACUACUACUACUAUCUCUCUAUCGUGUUGAAACCUCAUCGUUCAAGAUGUCCUCCAUCUACGGCACUUACAAAGGAUGGUAUCUCCCGGGAUUCGAAUCGGACGAGUCACUGGAGCACAAAAAGAUCGAGCAGCAGAUGGACGAAACGGAGACAUCUGCUUCGAACAAAGAAGCCUACGCAUUCAAAUACACCGGGCAGACUGUGGACAAAGCGUUCGUUGGGAAGGUGACGCAGCUUCUGGUGGGCAAUGGAAUCCCCAACUUUCUCUUCGGUGACAUGAUGUUCCGUUUCUUUGGAUGUGAGACUGACGUGCUCAGCAUCAAUAUCUCGAUUCCGGAUGAGCUCAUGGACGAGGCGGUCCGAGUCUUGCGCCAGGCAGGCUUUUACGACGGUCCCGUUGAGCCCUUCGAAGUCGAGGAAGCCCAGUGUGUCCAGGAGUUCCAGAUUCGCCAGGAGCAGCAGCCUUUCCUGGCCUGGGGGUGCCGAUAUCUUGAUGACCACGAGUACCACCGAAAUGUUGGAGCUUGGUGGCUGCCUACGCAUGUGUUCCAUCUCAAUCAAACGCCUGGCAAGCUAGGUCACGUUGAUCUCAGCCUCUUCACACACUCGCACUACUUCUGGGACCUACCGGCUCCUACACUGGCUCCCGAUGAGGAUGCCCGAAGCUCCUACGUUCUGUCCACGGACCGCCGUCUUCCAGAACCGGUCUGCUUUGGGCCCAGUCGCCAUGCGGUCAAGAUGAUCUCACCUGCGCGCCUAGUUGAGGCUCUGAUCCUCCUCGCCUACCGAGAUAUACAUGUACCGUCGCAGAUAACGUUCAGCGACUGGCACGACGACCUUUUCGUGAUCUUCAAGAUGGUCAGCGGAUGGGAAUGGCCCGAGGACGACCCUACCUUCGAUGGUUACAGCCAGUUCACCGAAGCCGAACCCCAUGGGUGGCAGUUUUCCUUGGACGGCCAGCGCCUUCGCAUGCGAAGCAAGGUGACGGGUUUGGAUCCGAGAUGGCUCCGACUGGCAGCCUUUCAGCCACUGUUUCAGAAAUAUUUCGAAGAUCUGUUCGAGACCGUGCUCCUACCCCGCGAAUCCUACCUACGCACGCCGUCACCUGAGAACACACUGAGCGAAGAGGAACAAAGAAAGGAAUUUGCAGAAUGGGACAAGUUGUUGAUCGAGAACGAAGAGGAACUCGCAGAAUGGGAGAAGCGGAUUCAGGAGGAUCAGCCCGCCGUUGACGAUGCAUACGAGGCAUGUGACAAAAUGCCCGAUGUUGAUUGGGAAGAAGCAGGAGAGAGGGCCUUCGAAGCGGAAGACAGCGCCUAUCAGAUCCGGUGCCUGAGGGCUGGCAGGGUCAUGGUGGGACCUGGAGUACUGGAAUCUCGCGACGGCAAGGUCAUGGACGAUUUCGCUCGGCGUCUGGCAGAGGCGUGGCUCUUGCCCGAGAGCCCUUUCGAUGCAUUCAAUCCCAAGAUCAAGCGCCUCGAACCUGAUGUGCCAACCACCUGGACUUUGCGGGACGAAUUUCGGUAAACAGUCCCCCGGUCUACCGUUGUUCGUUGUUCGUGGGCAGUGUUCCACUUUUCUUAACGUAUAACUCGUGAUUUGAA